AUCCCGGCGCCGUGGCCCCCCAUGCGCCUCGGCAUGAGCACGUGUGGCAGGAAGGCUCUCACCCUGCUCAGCAGCGUCUUCGCCGUCUGCGGCCUCGGCCUCCUGGGCAUCUCCGUGAGCACCGACUACUGGCUCUACCUGGAGGAGGGCACCGUGCAGCCCCAAAACCAGACGACGGAGAUCAAGAUGUCGCUGCACUCGGGGCUCUGGAGGGUCUGCUUUUUGUCAGGUGAAGAGCGUGGCCGGUGCUUCACUAUAGAAUACGUCAUGCCCAUGAAUGUCCAGAUGACGUCCGAGUCCACAAUCAACGUCCUGAAGAUGAUUCGUUCUGCUACCCCCUUCCCCUUGGUCAGCCUCUUUUUCAUGUUCAUUGGUUUUAUACUGAGCAACAUCGGCCACAUUCGGCCACACAGGACCAUCCUCGCCUUUGUGUCUGGAAUAUUCUUCAUCCUGUCUGGUCUGUCGCUGGUGGUGGGGCUGGUCCUGUACAUCUCCAGCAUUAAUGACGAGAUGCUGAACAGGACCAAGGACUCUGAAACUUUCUUCAAUUACAAAUACGGAUGGUCCUUUGCUUUCUCUGCGAUCUCUUUCCUUCUCACAGAGAGCGCCGGCGUGAUGUCCGUCUACUUGUUCAUGAAAAGAUACACGGCCGAGGACAUCUACCGCCCUCACCCCAGCUUCUACCGGCCCCGCCUGAGCAACUGCUCCGACUACUCCGGGCAGUUCCUGCACCCGGACGCGUGGGCGCGGGGACGCAGCCCCUCGGACAUCUCCAGCGAGGCCUCCCUGCAGAUGAACAGUAACUACCCGGCGCUGCUCAAGUGCCCCGAGUACGACCAGAUGUCCUCGUCCCCGUGCUGAGCACCACCGCUCUGCCCCUCCUCGCAGCCAGGA